GAACUUCUUUGUUAAAGGCUGAUAAAGGUAAUUGGAUUGAUUGAAAGUUCAUGUUCAUACAUUACAUGAAGUGCUUAUGUUUUAAAUGUAAACAACUAAGAAAUAAGACACUUCUGGUUGCAUUAAUUCUAGAAGCUGUCAUUUAAUGUCGGCAUUGAUUGUAUAACUUCUAAUACAUAGAAGAAAUGGCAAUUUAUUUAAGGGCAAAAAUUAUACGAUUCAAUGUGUUUGUAUAUGCACUUAGAGCUGUGAAUUGUAGUGUUGAUGGUGAUAUACACGAUAAAUCGCCGUCGGAUCGCAUAGAUGAUCUGUUUUCUGAAAUAAGGACGUUUCAAAACACAGUUAAAACAAAACUGAACGUAUUUAGUGACAAGGGCUGCCAGCAAUGCCUCAUAAGAUUACUCGACCCCAACACAGAAGGAAACACAAAUCUGACGGAUUAUCCGAAGGAAACAAGAGGUGAAAAUGCGACCGUAAAUGAAAAUAAUGGAACACAGCUGGAUGUUUAUUCGCAAGAUAUCUUUCAACUCUUGCAGCGUCUUUAUAAUUUAGAACAGUCCGUAUUAGCAAAAGUUGACGCUACACUUGCAUCUCAAGAACUGAACGAUGUAACAUGGGUAAAAGGGGAGCCGGGGUCUGAAGGAUUCCCUGGAAUACCAGGACCAGUUGGAUAUCCCGGAAUUAUCGGAUUUUCUGGACCACCAGGUUUCCCUGGAAUGGAAGGAGAUUCUGGAGGAUACAUCGGUCAUCUGGGUCUUCCUGGUCAAAAAGGAGAACGUGGAGAUCCAAAACUCAGUCCUAUUGAAUUCAAAUGGAAAAAGUAAAACUUCACUUUACCUCCAACAGAACUAUAUGUAUAUGGCUUAAAUAUUCAUGAAUUUGGAAUAUCUUCAUGACUGAUUGAUUAUAUCAUAUUUGGAGUAACGUUAGUGACCUAGAGAAACAUGCUUUAAGAAAUGAUUCAUUGCUUUUUGGCAGUAAUGUUAGUAACUUAGUGAAACAUGCUUCUAGAAAAAAUCCAUUGCUUUAAUCAAAUCUUAUCAUUUCUAAAAUAUGGUACCUUUGUAUUUAAGUCGCUACAUUAUUUGUGUUAUAUUUUUUUCCUAGCUUUCAACCUGCCUUACAUUAAAAUGUUACAAGCUAUAUCUUAUGAAAUGUUUUUUUUUU